CACAAACGUCACUAGACGUCGUCACGUCACCCGGCGCAAAUCCGAUGCGAUGCUUUGGCCGCGCCUUGGGGCAUUGACCCUUCUAUAUUUCUCAGGUUCAACUUGGGCAGAGGAACGAAGUGUCUCCUCUCUUGGCCUCAUCAGAUCACAUUCGCGAAAGCACUUCAAACACCAUGGAACAGAGCUGCUUGCGACCAGCGCAGAUGGUCAACUAGAACCUGAGCCUUUGGGACAAGCUGCUGGACCAGACCCUGGAAAGUGCAACAUCUUCAGCCUUUGGGAGAAGCCGUCUCAUUUGGAGCAGCAGCCUCUUUUCGAGCGCUUGGUACUGGAAGCCUGGCGACGUCAUUCAAACGGUUUUUGCAACGAGCCCUUCCUCAUCACUGACGAAAAUGUCCGUGAGGCUGUGCCAGAUCUACCAGAGGAGUACUUUCGUUUGCCUUAUCCGGCGGCCAAAUCGGACUUCAUUCGCUAUGCAGUUUUGCAUCACCAUGGUGGGGUGUAUAUCGAUUUCGAUAUGCUGACCAUACAAGAUGUUGACCAAAUUGUGAAAAAAGUGAAGAAGCUAGAUUUGGUUUCUUAUAGCGAUGGACAAGAUGGGAGUGACUGUAGAGGCUUUUCCUCCAACUUUUUGGGAGGUCGGAAAAACAGCAGUUUUCACCUUGCCGUGUGGGAAGCCCAAAAGGCUGCAGUUUCUCAGCAUUGCAACAUCUCCGAAAAGGGCCUUGAGAAAGUUUGCUGUUUUGACGACACCAAACAGGAAUGCCAUAUCCCGUGGGGAGGACUGGGUGAGCAGAUUUCUCACAAGGUCUUUGCCGCCUCACCACCAAAAUCUGCCUUCUGCUUCAGCGGCGAUGAAUCUUUCAACCCAGAUCGAUUUGAAUUUGUUUUGGAGCACAAGCAGAAAAUGGAGGAAGCGGAAGUGGAAUUCAACGCUAAAAAAGUGGCAAGGCCAUUUGACAGGGGCUUGUACCACUUCUUUAAUGCUUUGCAUGGAUGGGAGAAGCACUCUUGUGCUGACUUGUUCAACAACUCGACCGUUGUUGGCCAUUUGUUCUCCAAGAGUUUCUCAAGUGGCCGUGGUUCAAAGCCUAGAAAGGGUAAGGAGAGCGACAGCUUCCUGAGAUGGCAUCCUGAGUUUCAGAACGUCAGCAAGAACUACAUCGUCGAUGGACGCCCCCUGCCCUGUGCACUUGGUCAAUGAUGGAAGCUCGAAGUGACAAAGGUCGCUGCGCGUGCCCAGUCUUCAACGACAUCCUCCCAAGAAAAGGUGUUGCGAAAGAGC